GACAAUUUUGUCAUCUUUACAGCCACCUCAACGUCCACGACGGCCUACUCAUGUCUAGAGUCCUCGGAAUACCACCUAAGAGGGCAUUGCCGCUCAAGGAGGCGUCUCUCUUCAAGGAGGUCCUGACUAUGUACGAGGCCCGGCAGCUCAAAAAAGGCCUCAAAACGGCGGAUCAGAUAUUGAAGAAAUUUCCAGAGCACGGUGAGACAAUGUGCAUGAAAGGUCUCAUUCUCACCCACAUGGGUCGACGAGAGGAAGGCAUUGACCUCGUCAAGAAGGGCGUCCGUCUCGAUCUCACUUCUCACAUAUGCUGGCAUGUCUUCGGUCUCAUUCAGAAGGGAGAGAAAAACUACGAGGAAGCUCUGAAAUCGUAUAUUCAGGCCCUGCGAUUCGACAAGGAAAACUUGAAUAUUCUUCGAGAUGCUGCCCACUUACAAACGCAGCUUCGGCUGUAUGACGGGCUUGUCGAGACGCGACACAUAUUGCUGCGCCUUCGUCCAACUGUCCGCCAGAACUGGGUGUCCCUUGCCGUCGCAUACCAUCUCAGUGGGAAUCUUCUUGAGGCCAAAAAGGUAUUAGAACAAUAUGAAAGAACUCUGAAGAACGUUCCCGACUAUGACACUGAGCAUUCGGAAACAACAAUGUAUCAUGUCCGGUUACUUGAAGAACUCGGGGAGUUCACUGAGGCACUCUCUUUACUCGAUGUCAGCUCUAAAUCCCGUGUAAUUGUGGACAAAACUGCCAUCAUGGAAGCCAGAGCACGCCUGCUCUCCAAGCUCAAGUCUGACGAAUCAGAACAUGCAUGGCGUGUCCUCAUUGACCACAACCCAGACUGUACCAGCUACUAUCAUGGAUAUCUUGCCAGCCAAGGAAUUGAUAGCGAUGAGGCAUCACUCGCCAUUUUACGAGAUAUCUCCUCGCAGAUACCCCGAGCGAACGCCCCACGCCGACUAGCCCUCUCCUUCGCAUCCGGAGAUCGGUUCAAAGAGUUGGCAAAACCGUACCUCCUCUCAGGUUUCACCAAAGGCAUUCCUUCACUCUUUGCUGAUAUCAAGUUGCUAUACAAAGAUCAAGCCAAAUUGAGUCAGAUCCAGGCCCUGCUCGAAGAGAUCCGAGCAGAAAAUGCGCCAGAUUCUGCAGCACCCUCAUCGUCGACAUUUACCUCACAGCCCACAACAUACUUGUGGAUACUGUAUUUCCAGGCACAGCAUUUCUCCUACCUUUCGCAAUUCAGACGAGCUCUCGAAAUCCUGGAUGAGGCACUCAAGCACACGCCAACACUCCCGGAACUAUAUACAUGCAGAGCCCGAGUUCUCAAACGUGCUGGUGACUUGUUUGGUGCCGCACGGUCAGUAGAGGAAGCACGGUUAUUAGAUGGUCAGGAUCGUUUCUUGAACACCAAAAGUGCCAAAUACCGACUUCGCGCCGGGCUUGUGGACGAGGCUAGUGCUCUGCUGGGCCUCUUCACGAAGAAAGACGCCACAAGCCCUGGUGCGGACCUCGAAGAUAUGCAAUCUUUGCUGUAUCUUAUCGAGGAGGCGGAUGCUCAGAACCGUAGUGGCAAGAUAAAUUUAGCCCUUAAGAAAUAUAUCGCCAUACAGAAAGUCUUCGAUGAGGUCGAGGACGAUCAGUAUGACUUCCACGGCUACUCAAUGCGCAAAUUCACAAUCAACAUAUAUUUGAACCUUCUUGCAUGGGAAGACCGAUUAAGGUCGCAUCUGGCAUACGUGAAAGCAGCUAUAUCUGCGAGCAGAAUAUUCGUUGCAGUCCACGAUGAUCCUUCAAUAGCAGCAUCGCUUGCGUCCUCCGGUCAACUCACAGAUGCCGAAAAGAAGGCAAAGAAAAAGGCCAAGAAAGCGGCACAGAAAGUUCAGGAUGACUCCAAAAAGGGCAAUAGCCAGCAGUCUUCGAACGAGGACAAGGGCCUCGAACCAACCGCUCCCAAAGACGACGAUGUUGACGGCAUCAAGCUAUUAGGAUGCAGUGAUCCUCUAGAACGUGCGGCCAAGUUCCUCCAUCCGCUCACUACGUUGGCUCCGCAAAAUAUCGAAGUUUGGAUAGCAGUAUAUGAUGUUGCGAUUAGGCGCAAAAAGCUAUUACAGGCCGCUAAAGCCUUGAAACACGCGUGUUCGAUUGAUGUAGAAAAUCCCGAGUUGCACAUACGUCUUGUUCAUGUGCGACGAACAGCGUCCGCUCUUCCUCAAGAACCUCCGGUUCCUAUUGGACCUCUUUUCAAGGAGUCCUUAUUGGAACUACUACCCGAGGAAGUAUCGCUGGAGACGUUCAAUUCGCAAUACCUUCAACGACAUCCCUCGUCACAACAGGCUAUCCUUGCAGCCGCCAAGGUGUCGCAAAUGCUUCAAGCGCCUCUGCAAGAAGUCGAAAAUACCCUUUUCGCUGCAUUAGGUCCAGAUGCAAAGCUUGAUCUGGAGUCAUCGCAAGCGAUACUGUCAUACCUCAAGUCCCUUGGUUCGCAGCGCGCAGAAGAGUUCCGACUUACGUGCGAUGGAAAAUUUGACCUGUCGACAGUGUUCAAAUCGCCAGAAGAGCAGGCGCUGUUGGUAAAGCAGGCUUUGAGUGUCGUUAUCGGGUACCCUGAUGAAGUGGAGGCGGAAGCUUGAUCUAUAGAGUUGAUUGAUAGACAGCCUAGACAUUGACUACGUAAUAAUUAUACCGAUCUAGUACUGUUAGGAUUGAGACUGGCGAACAUCCUAGAGAUGGAUAUUUGAAUCCUC